CCCUACUGCAGCGGGGUCAGUCUCGGGGCCGUGCAUUGCGCGUGCACGGCCUGGCGCUUACUGUUGCUGCGGCGGUGGCGGGCGAGGAGUAGGCCGGGCCCACUCUGGCCGGUUCCAGUAACCAACCCUGGUCUGCAGACGGGCUCCUAUCCCUCAAAAGCUCUGCCUGCGCCCAUUCACUGCCGCCCCUCGGGGUCGUGGCAGGGCCCUCCUGGGGAUUUCAAACCAGGGCAGAGCUGGGAAGUAGACGAUCACAGAGGGCGACUUAUUACUAUCCUGCCCACCAUGGCCAGGCGCCCACGGAGCAGCAGAGCAUGGCAUUUUGUCCUGAGCGCAGCUCGCCGAGAUGCGGAUGCCCGGGCCGUGGCUCUGGCAGGGUCCACCAACUGGGGCUACGACUCUGAUGGGCAGCACAGCGACUCGGAUUCCGACCCCGAGUAUGCAUCUCUGCCGUCAUCCAUCCCCAGCGCUGUGCCUGUGACCGGGGAGUCCUUCUGCGACUGUGACAGUCAGAGUGAGGCCUUCUGCGGCAGCCUGCAUGCUGCCCACCGGGGCAGGGACUGCCGCUGCGGGGAGGAGGACGAGUGUGAGUGUGAGGGCCUGCGACGGGUGGGUGGACCUCCUGGCCAGGGUGGUGGGGGAGCCUGCCGAGCCUGGGCCUCUUCUCUCGCAGAUUUUGACUGGGUCUGGGAUGACCUGAAUAAGUCCUCAGCCACCCUGCUGAGCUGUGACAACCGGAAGGUCAACUUCCACAUGGAGUACAGCUGUGGCACAGCGGCCAUCCGGGGCACCAAGGAGCUGGGGGAGGGCCAGCACUUCUGGGAGAUCAAGAUGACCUCGCCUGUCUACGGCACUGACAUGAUGGUGGGCAUCGGGACAUCGGACGUGGACCUGGACAAGUACCACCACACAUUCUGCAGCCUGCUCGGCCGGGACGAGGACAGCUGGGGCCUCUCCUACACGGGCCUCCUCCACCACAAGGGCGACAAGACGAGCUUCUCCUCCCGGUUCGGCCAGGGCUCCAUCAUUGGCGUGCACCUGGACACCUGGCAUGGGACACUGACCUUUUUUAAGAACAGGAAGUGCAUAGGAGUGGCAGCCACCAAGCUGCAGAACAAGAGGUUCUACCCGAUGGUGUGCUCCACGGCGGCCAAGAGCAGCAUGAAGGUGAUCCGCUCCUGUGCCAGCAUCACCUCCCUGCAGUACCUGUGCUGCUACCGCCUGCGCCAGCUGCGGCCCGACUCUGGGGACACGCUCGAGGGCCUGCCCCUGCCGCCCGGCCUCAAGCAGGUGCUGCACCACAAGCUGGGCUGGGUCCUGAGCAUGAGCUGCGGCCACCGCAAGCCCCCCGCGCCCUCGCCCACAGCCAAUCCCAGCAGCCCCGAGACCCGGCGCUGCCAGAGGAAGCGCUGCCGAAGGACCUAGCUUGUUUCCCAGUGAAAACUGCCUUCUACAGCUGGGAUGGCGUUUUCUGUUUCUCCCUUUGGACCACCCUCCAGGGCAACAGGAGAGGGAGGACUGAACCAAGGUUUGUCUCGGCUGCCCCCCUGCCACCCGGCUGGGAGAGGCCUUGCUACAGGGGCUCCGGGGCCGUUAUCCCUGUGAUCCGGAGACCCGGACUUCCUAGUCUCUCUGCUUCCUGUGCCGGGUGUGGGAGCAGCCACUUUCCUUCUCAGAGUCUCUGGGGAGCUGCUGCCCCAGCAUGUCUAGACUCGGGCUGCAGGCCUGGGAGACUCGUCUGCUGCCUGUGAGAAGGACGGCUUUGUGAGAGGUCGGCUCUUCCUGCUGUCGCCGCCGGCCUUAGGUUUUUCUUAACUUGCUUUGCAUGUUGUCAGCUGCUGUUCCUCUCGUCUGAGGCUGAAAACGACCGUAAUAAACUUAGAGUUUACAUCUGA